AUGUCAGAGCCGGCAUCAGAGAAUAUUCCGACGUUGGGACCUGGUCAACCUGACCCAUCCAAAACAUCUCGCGAGACGUCUCCAGCGCGCACUUCUCGCAGCGCGUCUCACAUCCCUCAGCUCUCGCGGUCGCGCAAGGGAAGCCAGGAGUUCAGUCCGACACGGAACAGUGGGAUAGCAGGAUCCCUGUCAACCGUACCUUCAGCCGCUGCCGUCCAGCGAGCAUUGUCUGCCCAGAGGCCGAUUUUACAACCUCCCAGCGUUGACUCCGUGCUUGAGGGUGGCCGCCCAUCUGAACGACAAAUGAAGACAGGUCAGAAUCCGCCAUCAUGGCCCACGUCGCCCCGGUUGAAGUCUCCUCCGCCUUCGAAGGCUGGCGCGAAGGCGCCGUCAGUCAAGCGGAAUGAUUCAGACCAGACGCCGUCAAACACUUCGCUGAAAAGGCUGGCACCUCCCUCUCACCCUGACCAAGCCGCUGCCAUGCAGAUACCUGACGUCCAUGAACAAACCGGCCCUCAUUCCAACUCGAGGGUAUCAGGCCGCGGCCCAAGCACUACCCUCGAAACGGUGGCAGAAAAUAGUGUCCCCACGACUCCUGCAAUCGGUCCGAUCUCGACUUCGCCACUGGAACACAAGAUGGAUGUAGCAUCCCUUGACCAGCGAUUAGAGUCGCGGCCUGAUCUACCUUCCGCCAAGGAUGGGGAAGGCAGUGGUGGUGACGGCCCUUCGAAAGUCACAGCCGCCAAAACAGAAAGUGGUCGGAGGUCAAGGGCUCCAAGCAAUUCCCGCUCAGCUUCAGAUUUAGCAAAACGCUCUUUUACCAGCUUGACGGUGGCCAAGCCCAAGCCCGCGGGUGACCCCCCUCGAACCAUGACCGUGGAGACGGAGACUGUCACUUCCAUGCCUCAAUUGCUGGGUCCCGACCGAGGUGCUUCAGGCAGGGAUGGUAAUGGUAGUGUAAGGACCAAACCGAGCAAUGAGACCAUUCGGCCGAGAAAGGAGAAGAAAAAAUCCCGCAAGACUCCUUCGCUCCAUGCGGGCACAGUAACUUCCAAAGCCGACCUGUUCGAGGCCAAAGUUGCCAGCGCGGUGGACGAAGCGGAUUCCUCUGAUUCAGACGAGACUUUUGUCUACGAGUCGAACCCACCAGACAGCAGGCCUGCACGACAUCACUCUCGAACACCUAGCGCGACGUCCCUGGCUAGCCAAGAACAAUUUGGAAACCGCAGUAAACAUGGCCUCCGCAGUGGCAGUCAAGCAAUCACGGGGAAGAAGAGCAUGAAGUUCUCGAGUAGCACCUACAACAAUCUUUUGGAUGGCGAGUCUGGACCCGAAGGACGAGGAAGCCAACGCAAUUCUAGUUCAACGCCUCGUCAUCAUCACAUCAGUCGGCAUGGACGACCUCACCACACCUCGAUCUUGGACACGGAGUCACCUUUUACACAGGCUAACAAGACGAAUUCUUCGCGUUCGACGACCAACAAUCCUUCCCGAUUUUCUCGGCCUAAUAGCCCACGAACCUCCAACGGACGAGUGACGGGCACCCUGCGUAAGGGGGAACCGUUUGAUGCCUAUGAGGAUGCUGUCGCCGACGACGAGAGGGCCCCGUUACUUGGAUCAGUCCGCAUUAAUCGCACGCGACACAGUCGUCGUCCGCACAGUGUGAGUCUUCGGCAUCUCGAGUACAACGACAUCCACGACCGCAGUUGGUGUGGCGGGUACAGUGGCUGCAUUCUCCUUGGGCUUGUUAUUCUCCUGAUCUGUGUUGGUAUUACAACGUUUGUGAUGGCGCUCAACCGCCCGUUGGUAGAUGUCUCCAUCAAACAUAUCCAAAACGUGCUUGCAUCGGAGCAGGAGCUUAUGCUGGAUCUGGAUGUGCUGGCGAUCAACACGAAUCUUUUCCCGAUCACGGUGAACGAUCUCGACGUCAACCUCUUUGCCGAGAGCCCUUAUGUUGGCUCGACAUCUGACUGGGAUGGGUCUGACCAAAGGAGUGCGCUCCGAUGGGUCACACGAGGGAGCGCAGACACCCUGGGAUUCGAGUGGCCGCCGUGGCAUUCUGAUGAUGGGGUAGAUGAAGGUACCGAUCCGAUCGACGACCCUGAGCCAGGCACACAGAAAAUGUUGCUCGGAAGAGUUCUCGUCUUCGAUUCGCCGCUAGUCUUUGAUGCAUCACCACUGCGACACAGCCACACUUCUUCUGUUGGUGAGAUCCGGCUCGCGAGGCCGGGCAACAAGACUGAAGUCGGCGGAUCUGCACGUUGGGAGAGAGUGCUGCAACAUCCGUUUGAUCUUAUUGUUAGAGGCGUGAUCAAGUAUCAAUUACCUCUGAGCUCUAAAUCGAGGUCUGCCAAGAUUGGCAGCCGGGUCAAGGUGUUACCCAACGACGACAAAUCUGGAGAUGAUCCUGGGGGAGAUCCGACGGAACCAAAGGCAUAA